AGCACGUGACAAGCCCAGGCCAUUGAGCCUAGCAGAAACAGAGGCUAGCUUGUUGAAUCCCACACCACUCCUAGACCUGGGUCACAUUGCAAUGAACAAACUCCUUUGCAAAGAGAACAUGUGCCUUUACCUCUAUGGGGGCAUGGGGCUGGGAGGGCUCCUGCUCCUGCUUGUGGUCAUUCUGUCCAUCUGCUUGUGUUGGCUCCAUCGAAGAGUGAGGAGGCUGGAGAGGAGCCAGGCCCAGCUCCCAGAGUCUGAGCUCCACUAUGCAUCUCUGCAUAAGCUGCCAGUGUCCAGCAGUGACCUUGUGGAUGAAGAAGGGGAAGGAAUAAAGGAAGAGUUCUGUACCAGUGACUAUGCCUGCAUUGCCCAGAACAAAUCCACCUGAGCACCCCGAAGGCCACGUCCCAGGCAGGUUAUCAAGGUCAUCCUGUGGUUUACCAGUAAAGACUGUGAUCACACCA